AUGGAUGUCAAUGAUUUCCAAGCUGAACGGGAUCAGGUUGUUGGCGAAACUCCAAAAGCCCAGCGGGCUGGGAUAGCCACGAAUAAUUCGAAAACAGGGACGAAAAAGACCGACAAUUCGGUAGGAGAGAUCCGGAGUGUUGUUGAUGACAGUGUGGGACUAGACGAUCGAAAGACAGCAAAAGAGCCCAUGCUAUUUGACCAGGAAUCACCAAGCAAGACAGGAAACUGUGAGUCUAAUCCGGUAACGCCCAAUUUAGACAGGGUGAAAGCAUUUUUCCGCAAUAAAAGAACAUUAGGUCAAAGUGGCUCUCCUCCGACAGCACAAGUUCUUCAACUUCAAAGCUCACCUUUAGACACUCCGCGAUCGCAACGCGUAAAACCCGACUUUGGACCAAGGAAAAUCUCACCAACAUCCUUGAUUAGCAACAUGCGUAAAAAUCAGGCCCCAGAUUUGAGCAGGGACACCAGUGGGUUUAUGGAGUUAAACGAGGAUUAUCACGAGCAACAAUUUAGCCCUGAUCAAAGCCACAUACAAGAUCAGACGCCGCCUCCCAUAGUUUCGACAGGAUUGGGGAGAGAUCAGAACAGCUUCUCAAGGCAACAGUCUAAAAAAAUUGGGGACCUCGUGUCCACUAACAGUAGCAAUGCCUCAAAAAGCUCUCAAAGGGUACCUGUUUUCGAAACUCAGCAAGUCGAGGGGUUACAAGAUUCGCAGGCGAAGCCUCUCGACACAGACAAGCGCCAUUUUUCAAAUUCAGGCGGUCAUCAAACUGUCGAAAUUAGCACACAACCUAUAGACACCACAGACGAAAAGGUGGCCGUUUCAGAAAAUUUUGACGGCUCCGCUACACAGGUAGAUCUUGGCUCGUUAACUUCAGUUCCAAUCCCUGAAGUAACCGAUAUUGCCAGUGACUAUCAAUCACCUCUCGUAACCAGGUUCACAUCUAAACAUGCCAUGUUUUCAAGACUGCCUCCAGUAGGAAACAGCACACCUAGUCAAUUGAUUGUGUCUCCCAGUAACGAAGUUAUACCUCUAUCCAGUCUCAAAGCAUCCCCUGUUAACGACGAGCAAAUAUCGAAUCAUCAGCAUGAAGCUACCAGCACUCCUUCGAGAGUUCAAGAAGAAAGCAAACACAACAACUUCAACAGCGAUGCCUACUGCCUUCCUGAGGAUGAAGUAGAGCUCAACGAAAGCGAGAAGCGAAUACGAUUGAGGUUUUCUAACGUGUACGAGCAGUACAUGAACUGCGAAAAGUUCGAUGAUAAGGUUGUGAAUGGAAGCGUUGUUUACAGCGAUGUGGAGAAGACACAAGAGCUACCGGAGGUCGAAGAAGGCCCUCAGCCUGAGUUGAUUAAGGACCCUGAAAUUGCCUCUCAUACGGUGCACGAAAGUAAUGUUUCUACUCAGCGCUUCGACACUCAAGAUAUAACCUCUCAUAGGAGGCCUUCCAUUCAAGAUUCAUUUGAAGCUUCCCAAGGCGUAGUCAAGAACAGACGGGUGUUUCGGAAAAAGCGUCAUGGACGUCUCAAGCUCAACGAUUUUAUGGAAGAUACUAGACCGGAAAAAGAUGCUUUUCAAAUUUCGCCGAAAAGAUCAAAAACAGAAAUCGAACGGAUUCAAUUAUAUGCAUCCGACCUUUCAGUAAAUAGAGGGGCUGCAGGCAUGAUUGUGACAGCGAUUCCUGAUCGUAAUGACAUAGUUGAAUUGAAAGAGAGGCAAAAGAGCAUUCAGGAACCGGUUACGACAGCAGUCUCCCAUUUCCCGGGGGAGAUUAGAAUCACAGACGGUGGGUUUCUCACUCGUAAAGACAUCCGUUUCCCCGAUGCUGUUUGGUGCCACUAUGACUUCAAUUACAUGUACUAUCCGGGAAGAAUUUGGGGAGGAGAGCCUCAUUCAAAUGAAGUAGAGGUUUUGUUUGAAUCUGGACUUUCGACAGUGAAGCGGGAAGACUUGCAUUACCUAGAUGUGACGGUUGGCGAGACUAUAAUGUGGGAGGGGAAAAGUUACGCAAUUACUGCAUUAGAGUGUCGAUCACCAGAUGAGUCGAAAGUGAUCAGAUGCGUUCGAGGCUACGACACCGUGCAACUCAAAAGAAAGAACAAGAACGGUGAGUUAGGCAAGAGAACAUUGACAAAAGCUUUGUCCUCCAUAACUUUGACAGUUGCUCUCUGGGCUAAAAGGCCCAAAAUUAUUCUCUCGAGCGACUUUCAGAAUCGCGAAGAGGCUUUCGAGGAUUUGCGGCAUCCUAUUAGAGGCCGGAAGUACACCACACUAGUCACUCCUUUGUCUCCCUCGAAAGAACUGAUUGAUAAUGCUUUUGGGCCCGAGUCAUUGACAGAUCAAUACGCUUCUUAUUCAAGCGUUCAGGACAAUAAAGUGGAGUUCAAAACCAUAAGCACAAACCUUCGUAGCACGGAAGGUAGGGGCAUAUUUCACGGCUGUCUCUUUGUCUUAAGCGGCUUGAGCGAUCGCAAAAGAGAUUACUUAUCGUCAUUUAUUGAACAAGAGGAAGGGAUCGUGUCAAAGAUGAGCUUUUCCAGCAUAAUAAGCUUCAUUCCUAAGGUGCACACAAUCGCAGAAAAUCUUGAUCUAUCCUCGCUCAAGUUUGCUGGCUUGAUAACGGAAAAGCAUUCUAGGAGCCUCAAGUAUUUGGAAACUAUUGCACUCGGUUGGCCUCCCUUGCAUUACAACUUUGUGGAGCAUUGCGUAAGAGUCAAGAAGUUGGACUGGACUAGUAUCUUCCAAUUUCUUUUGCCCGCUGGGGAGAGCUUUCGGCUAGGCAGUUCUUUUGGCUCGAAAUCGAGCGUCAUCAAGUCCAGCAAUAUCUUCCAUUUUUAUUUGAAACUCUUCCAGCAGAGUUCUCUUGAGGACAACAUCAACUCGAGAACAUUAAAAAUGAGCAAUUACCAUGUUAUAGUGUGUGGGACAUCAGAUCUCGACAAGUUCGUCAGUUUCGCUUUUCAUGCGUCAGGUGCUGCUUCCGUCAACUUCUGUGGAACGGGCGAGUCUUUCCUAAACGCUCUCGAGGCAGACGUUGAAAGCCAAGAGUUGGAUAGCAUUAUCCCAGGUGUCGUCAAGGAGAGUUUAAAAACCCUUCCCAAGAACUCUAAUGUCCUAUUGUUUCUCAAUUCUAAAAGCGAGAAGAAUCUACCUGCGAAUGUUAUUGGAAAAUGCAUUAAACUGACCUCUACUGGUCACAAUAUAUACAUGGAGGGAAAAGAAUGGUUGAUACAGACCAUCAUCAAUGAGGACACUGCGCUUAGCGGCGUGUAA